CCAGCGGCCCACUCUGUCACAGACGAGGGAGAAGGCGAGAGGAGACAAAGCCGUCUCAUCCCCAGCAGCUUCUGUCUGCAGCCUCCUCCUCUCCAGCCCGGAGCCGACCCCCCCCGAGCCCCUGAGGCAUUCUCUCCAUCUCCGGAACACGCUAGUCAUUCAUUGAUAACAGGGAAUUAUGAGGGACCCUGUGAGUAGCCAGUACAGCUCCUUUCUUUUCUGGAGGAUGCCCAUCCCAGAACUGAAUCUGUCGGAGCUGGAAGACCUGGGCCUGUCAGAUACACCUACCUACAAGAUCGAGGACAGCAACGUUGGCAAAAUGGGUGGUCAAGCAACCGGAGCAGAGCAGAAGAACCCUGAAGGUGACCCUCUCCUUGAAUAUAGCACCUUCAACUUCUGGAGAGCUCCUAUUGCCAGCAUCCACUCUAUUGACCUGGACUUGCUUUAAGGCCAAAACGUCUCUCUCCUACCCCUUACCCUCAUUGCCUUCCUUUCUAAGCCUUUCCCAUUUUAAUCUUGUUUUGUUCCCUCUAUUGUGCUGGUGGUGCUGAUGUCUGCCAAAUGAAUUGUAUGUAUGUACAUAUUUAUUUCUUAUUUAUUUAUUUAUUUAUUUAUUUAUUUAUUUAUUUAUUUGUCCAUCUGCCUGCCUGCCUACUCCAUUUCUCUCAAAACCCUUCUAGGCACAAAGUCAAGGGUUUAGUCAUUGGAGUACUAGAGAAUAGGAUUUCCACCCCCAGCCCUGAGAAUAUUAACUAGUCCUAGAAAAUCAUCCUUAAUGGGGGCACCAGAGAGAAGUAACAGUUGUACAAAAUGGGAGACCUUUGUUUUUUUAUGUUACAUUUAAAUCAGCUUCAGAAAUUUCCUUGAUCCUCCCUAAUUUCCUGCACGAGGCCAGUAAGCAAAUAUUUCUUAAAGUAGUAGUGAGAACUGGAAGUUUUGAGAUGCUUUCUACAAAUCAGGAUUCCUAAAAGGCUAAGGUAGUAAGUUCUGUUCCUUCUUUUGCACAUUCUCUUCCCCAGAAACAUGGGGAUACAAGAGGAAGUAAUAUAUCCUGCAGAAUGGAAAUGGGGAAAAGCAUGGUGCCAUUUCGGAUUUUUUUUUUUUUUUUUUUUUUUUUUUUUGAGACAGGGUUUCUCUGUGGCUUUGGAUCCUGUCCUAGAACUAGCUCUUGUAGACCAGGCUGGUCUUGAACUCAAAGAGAUCCUCCUGCCUCUGCCUCUGCCUCCCAAGUGCUGGGAUUAAAGGCAUGCACCACCAUCACCUGACUCAGAAAUAGUUCAUUUAGUAUCCACCUCAACUGUUCCCAGCUAUGGGUUGGAAACUUUUCAGACAAUCCAUCUUCGUGGGGAAACCUUCAUAUUAGGAUAAUCCAUAAAAGGUAAAAGAUUUAUAUGAUCUAAAGAGAAACCAUAGUAUUAGGAUAAUUUAUGUAAAAUUGUGAUUCAGUCACAGGACAGGCAGAGUGUUUUGGGUUUUAGUAUUUCAGCUUUGCCUUUCUGCAGUUGUAGUGUGUGAUAGGGAUUGAUGGUUCCUGGGCAUGGUUCUUCAGCUACUCUAAGACCGUUCGUGAAAUAAGCAAUUAUAUUGAGACCCUACACCUGUCCUCAUUCCUUCCAGAAUUAUUGCUGCUGAUUUGUGCUGCCAUUUAUUUAAUAAAGAUGUUGAAUCCUG